ACAUGUACACCCAAUGAAUACAGCAUUUGAAGAAUUGUGAUGAGAAAAGGUAUUAGGAAUUUGUGCAAUGGAGAUGGGUCUACAUCCACUCUCAACCAGCAGCACCCAACAACCUUAGAGGAUAUGAUUUUGCAGCUGGAGUUAGAAGAGGACAAGGCCAGAAAAUCCAAUUCUGACAUUCUACAGUCUGCUUUGAAUCAGUACCCUCGUUUCUCUCUCGACGGAAAGGACGCCAUGUAUCGCUCAUCUUUCCGCAACCUUCCUGCUAGGAAAUCAGUGUGCUGCGAUCGAGGAGUGCUGGCCAGAGAAAGAAUUAUGAAUCGCUCCUUCCAUCCCAACACUACUACUUCACGAGGAGAAAGUGUGGUAUGGUGCAAACCCGGAGUGAUAGCGAAAUUGAUGGGUUUAGAUGCAAUGCCAAUGCCAAUGCCAAUCACCCACAACAGAAAGGAGACGAUGAGGCAAAAUCUAAGGAGGCGAUUAGAAAGGCAUGAAAUCGAGAAUAGAGACCAAAGAACGAUGAUGAAGAUGAGGAUGCACACUAAGGAAGCCGGUUGGCCAACCCGAAGAUUUUACCCCCAACUCUAAUAUCUGUGCAUUCGUUUUAGUAUUAUCUAUACACAUUACUAUAAAUGAUUAUGAAUCACAAUAUUACUAUUUGUAAAACUUAUGCAUGUAAAAGCCUACAAGGAUUUUGAAAAGGAGAUCAAUGCUAUUCAUCCUUGCUUUCUUUCCUCCUAUGGAUCUAAUGUUUCAGCAAACAUGAUUAAAACUGAUCUUCAUA